AUGCCGGCAUCGACACCACCUGCCGCGCCUGCGAAUCCUCCGGUCGAGAAUGUGUUUACCCCCCCCGCUAUUGGUGUGAGCGGCGCAAAGCGCGACUUGGCUGCCCUGGCCGACGGCGACGAUCGGAAUGGUGACUGGGAUGGGCCGAAACGCCAGCGCUCGCGCAAACUAACCGGUUUGUCGGGCGCCUCCGCUGGCUCCAAAGCCGGUCUCGACGCCCUCGAUGCCUCCGUCUUGACCACUAAGGUCUGGGAAUCCGUCUUCGAUCUCUUCCAAUCUCACUUUGCGACUCUUCUUCCCUUCCUACAUCCCGCGACGUUCCUCGGCCAGAUUCGCCAACUCUCUACACCCGCUCCACCACCUAUACCUAUCGAUGGGAUUGAUGCUGCGCGAAAUACUACAGGUCUGAAGACAGACUCCUCUUCUUCUCUGAUUCCGUUAGGUGUUUUGGCUCUGACGGCCCGCUUCCACCCGCCGCUGGUCGCCUACCACUCCCCGGCAUCCCCCGGCCAUACUUCGAACCCCGUCGCGGCAUCCGAAUACUAUGCAACAGCGCUCCGCAGCCGGCUGGCCGGUCUGGAUGGAGCUAGCCUGGCCAUGCCCGAUCUUGCACGCGUCCAAGCGCUGCUAAUGCUGGCCCUGCAUGAGUGGGGCAUGUGUCGCGGCAAGAGCGCCUGGGUCUAUGUUGGAAUGGCCAUUCGUCUGGCCCAAGCUAUGGGCCUGCCCUUUGAAUUGGAGAAUGAGUUCCCCCCGCGUGAUAUGUCCCGCUGUUCUCCCGGCUUCAAGACAGAGGCAGAUCACUUUGGUAUGCGUCGCCGAUCAGAGGCUAAAGAAGCGACCUCAGAUGAUAUCAUUGCUCAAGAAACCAAGCGCCGAACCUUCUGGGCCUGUUUUACUCUGGACCGCUGUCUAAGUAGCGGAAAAUAUCGCCCACGCAUGAUUCGGGUCAAAGAGCUCGGAAUUCAAUUGCCGAGCGAUAAUGCAUUUGCCUUCGGCGAGCGGGUACGAACGGCCCGACUCAAUGAGCCGACGGCUCGCCGACCACCAAGCUUUGGUGCACAAGGGGUUCAGAUUCCAAGCAUCCGCCAAAGCAUUGGGGGCUUUAACGAUGAGAAGCUUCCUCCUACUAACGGAGCCUCAGACCCCAAGGCGUGGUCGCCCAUUUCACGCCGCAAGGACUCAACUGAGGACGAUGUGGAUCGAUGGGAGGUUGGUGCCGAGGAAUCGGUCCUCAGCCGAGUGAUCCGUAUCAUUCGCAUCUGGGGCAGCAUCGCCAAGUGGUCUUGCGCUGGAGGUCGACGAAACGAGCAAUAUCCCCCAUGGCACCCGGAAUCGCGAUUCGCCUCGCUCCGGAUGCAAUUGAAUGAAUUCCAGGACAGCCUUUCCCGAAACCUGCAGUAUUCCCUGCGAAAUACCGACACUCACAUCAUGUAUAAGACUACGCUGGCGCCAUAUACCGUUAUGCACGUUGUAUACUUCCUGUCUGUCAUUGUGCUUCACCGCACAUAUAUUCCCUUCUUGCCUCUUCGCUGCAAUGAGCCAUCCGGUCCUCUCGACGAGCCCUUGUUCCCUUCGGAUAAGGUAAAUGGCCCUCCCGAUGGGUUUUGGCGCGACAGCUCCCGUGAAUUGUUCAAGGCCGCGCGUCAGAUGAUUGAUCUGGUGGCUACCUGUCAAGGACGUGGCGCUCUAGUGGAGAACCCACUUGUGGGCUUUGCUAUCUACAACGCUGCUUUCAUCGGUGUAUAUGGUACGCACUUCCCUCACAUGGACAUAGAGGGCCUGAUGGGGCCGAAGGCUCCUCCCGCAAGUCACGAUAGCCCCCAACCCGGUGCUACACAGGUGCGCAAGGCUCUCGACAUACUCCGGGAGACGCGGCCCCGAUUGCGGAUGGCCGUGGGAUGGUUCCGCACCUUGAAUCGCCUCCACAGCUACUUCUCCAAAGUCAAGCGUGACUUCCGUCGCUAUUCGCGCAUUCGACUGGACAGCAUGUCUGAUGCAUCGGACCAUGCCAUGUCCAACGGGGUGCGACCGGUUCGCGAUGGCGGCCUCGGAGGUGGUUUAGAGGAGUUCAAACUUCUCGAGAAGCUCUUCCUUGAUUUUGGAUCGAUCGAAGAUCAACUUAAUGAGCAUGGAGUCGACGACGAUGGCACUGCUAUUGGCAUGGCCGGAGAGCCAAUGAUGCAAGAGCGCUCCACCAAUCUCAGUGAUGCAGGAAGCAACGCUGUCAAGAGCGAACUAGGCGAUAUGAGCGACCAGCCCCUAGAUGGAGCCGGUGGUCGUCGCGAAUCCUGGGUCCCAGUCAACAGCCCCGGCUUUCCUCCACCAGGCCAUGAAGGAGACCGUCGACCCAGCCUUCCUUUGCCCAACAGCCGUCCCAUGCCUUCACAAUCCCCUUACUCCCUCCCAUCCCUCCAACAACACCACCCAGACGGACCCAUGUACACCUCUUCCCCCCCGAACCUUCCCUCCAUCGCAGCAACCACCCAAUCGCCAUCCCAAUACAUCACUGCCACAUCCGGCAACCGUCUCCAACCCAUCAAUGCCUGGCUCCCCUCCCGCCCAUCCGUACCGCCUCCUCCAUACUCCCAGUCUUUACCCCCUAUCAACGCCACAUCUGCUUCCCCACACAGUCUGGCUGUCCUACCACCUCCACCCCCAGUCGCUCAGCUCGCGCCAUCGCCACCUCUCACCUCCACCGAUGGACCGGACUCAAGCAUGCUAUCAACCAGCCUAGCUGGCGAUGAUGUCCUCGCUUUCUUGGAUGGCUGCGAAUGGUCCCAGAUCUCUCUCAACGCACCAUCCGAAGUGGGAAUCCCUAUUGGCUGGCUAAGUACGGUCUGGACGCAAUUCACUCGGUAA